GAUGAUAUGGACUUUUCAACCUCACAUGUUUGAAUCACAGUGAUAAGAAAAGAACGUGUUUUUCUAGGAGGGAUCAUCAGGACUUUCUUAACCUUUGCCCCGCGUCACGUUUAUUGGCUCUGGAACGAAGUUUUUCCGGGGUGCGCGUGGACUCGAGCGCGCAGAGCGCAACUGAAUUCAUGCGUCUGUGUUGUUGUUCAUUCAUUCUGGAGCUGAUUUCAGUGAUACAACAUGUGUGAAAAGAGCGAUAUCUCCUUUGGAAAGGACGAAGUGCUUCCCAGAAGCUCCGAUCUGAACUCCGACCACACUGAAAGCUCCACUCGUUUGUACCGGAGGAGAUGGCUCAUAGUGUUCCUCUUCAGUUCUUACUCUCUGUGCAACGCUUUCCAGUGGAUCCAGUACGGGAUCAUCAACAACAUCUUUAUGAAGUUUUACAACGUUUCUUCCUUCGCCAUCGACUGGCUGUCCAUGAUCUACAUGUUGACUUACAUUCCCUUCAUCUUUCCAGUGACAUGGUUGUUGGAGAGGAAGGGGCUGCGCGUGGUCGCACUGGUGGCCGCAUCCAUCAACUGCGCGGGGACGUGGAUUAAAGUGGCCAGUGUUCAGCCCACUCUGUUCUGGGUCACUAUGCUCGGUCAGUUCGCCUGUUCGUUCGCUCAGGUGUUUAUUCUGGGAAUGCCGUCUCACAUCGCGUCUGUGUGGUUCGGUUCGGAUGAGGUGUCCACCGGCUGCGCCAUCGGAGUGUUUGGAAACCAGCUGGGCGUUGCGAUUGGAUUUCUGGUGCCGCCGGUCCUGGUGCCGAACGUGGACGAUAUGAAUGAGCUGUCACAUCACAUCAGCAUCAUGUUCUACAUCACCGCCGCUGUGGCCACCCUCAUCUUUGUGCUGGUUGUGUUCGUGUUCGAGGAUAAACCGAAAGUUCCUCCAUCGCAGGCUCAGGCAGCGCUCAGGAACACGUCUGCGGGUCAGUCCUCAUAUCUGGAGUCCAUCAGGAGACUUCUGUGUAACAGAGCUUUCAUCAUUCUCCUCAUCAGCUACGGACUGAACGUGGGCUGUUUCUACGCUGUUUCCACCCUGUUGAACCGGAUGAUAAUGGAACAUUACCCUGGUGAAGAGGUGAACGCUGGGAGAAUUGGUUUGACUCUUGUCAUCGCCGGUAUGGUCGGAUCGCUCAUCUGUGGAAUCUGGUUAGACAAGACCAAAACUUACAAGCAGACGACGCUCUCAGUUUAUCUGCUGACGUUUGUGGGGAUGGUCAUCUACUCGUUCACCCUAAACUUAGGCCAUCUUUGGGUCGUGUUCCUCACAUCAGGAGCGCUGGGGUUCUUCAUGACGGGUUAUCUGCCGCUGGGUUUUGAGUUUGCCGUGGAGCUCACGUAUCCAGAGUCUGAGGGCACAUCAUCAGGACUGCUCAACUGCUCCGCACAGAUAUUUGGAAUCAUGUUCACCAUCAUUCAAGGCAAAAUCAUCGAUCACUUCAGCACACUAGCCGGCAACAUCUUCCUCUGUGUGUUCCUCUUCAUCGGCUCCAUCAUGACAGCGUUUAUAAAGUCUGACCUAAGACGACAAAAGGCCAACAAUCAAUCUCAGACGGAGACAAAUGCAAACACAGGCACUUGGUCUUCAGUGCAGCAUUAUGGGUCUACAGUGUCUUACAGUGUCUUCCAGGACCAGUCGUCCCAUUAAGCAUCCACACGCUCCAGAAAUCAAACAUACAUACUGAGGAGAGAAGAGCGUCUGUGGUGAAGGAGGUGAAGAUGUGAGACUGGACGUCAGUGACGCAUCACAGAUCAAGCUCUUUCAAGACACAAGCUUUUCCUCAACAAGAUGAAACAUUCGUGAAGUUUCAGGUCCACAAGAAUCCCCAGCACGCGGUUCAGAAAACCUUUACACAAGCAAAUCCUGGGAGGGAAACAUGUGUGACGUUUCCUAGCUUUACAGAGAUCGAAUUUCCAGUAUUUUUCCUGUGAUAUUUAUUAUAUUUAUAGCAUUAUUAAGAUGAAGAAAAUAGUUUUACAAAGAAUAUUAUUUCAUAAUAAUAAGUACGUUAGAAUUUUAAACUCUGAGAUUUGAAAGGAUGGGAUGGUUGUGUGAAGAUAUUCACCUGAGAUGUGUACGCGGGUGAUCAUUGAUGCUGGACAUCACAGUGUGGUCAUGGAAGAUCAAUGGUUUUUAAACAAGAUGCUGAAAUCUUCUGAGUAACAGACAAUUUCCUAGCAGUUCUGACAGGAAGACUCAUCAUUCAUUGAUGUUACUCAUCCAGUCGAAUUGCAGAAGAACUUUUUUAUGGGUGUCUGAUUAGAUUAUCAACAUAUUGUGCAUUAUAUGAUACAUAUUGGUAUAUAACCAAGUUUAAGAAGUUAAAUAUUUCUUAUUCGUUGUGUUUUUAUAGUUAGCUAACCCUUUAGCACACUGCUAGACAUUUAGUUAUAUUUGAGUCACGUAUCUACAUGGAUUGAGAAUGACUGUUUCAUUGACCGGCCAGACCUGAUUAUUCAUGUCAGUGUGGUUGUUUUGACCCUUCAACCCUCUGGCACCACCAGCGUAGACCCUCAUCCUAUGAGAAUCUGACAGAGACGUUCGACUAAAAAAUUGACAACAAAAAUUCAUAACUGCACUGAGUAUAUCAGAUUGAACUGAAUCAACUUAUUUAGAUGUUUAUUUAUGAAGUUAUACUGUAAGUUGUUGUGUCAUAAAAUAAGGAUAUGAACUAGAUCAGUCGGAAGUGACAUCUUUCUUUUUCCAGUCAAGUGUCUGUACAGGUGACAGACUGAACUUAGUAUGACUUGGAAUA